AUGAGGACUGUACGGGCCAUAAAUUCAAGAGGAACGUUCACUUUUCUGGGAGUGAGGAAGAUCAGAAGAGUUGUGCAUUACGAGACGCGAUUCACCGUGCCGCUGCUGGCCCACCGCUACCUCGCCACAAUUCACCACACUGCCGCUACCUCGCCACGAUUCACCACACUGCCGCUACCUCACCACCGCACCGUUGCUGGCUCGCCACGAUUCACCACACACUCAUUACCAUACCCAUUUCUAACUGUGCAGGGCAAAAUGGUCUUUCUGGGACUCGUGCUGUUGACAGGGGUUGUGGACUCUCUCUCCCGUCAGUCAGUUACAGCAACGUCUGGUCCCCAUGAUCAGUCAGCAUUCUCCGCUGCCAGGACCAGCAGCAUGUUGGGAGGUCCCCGGAAAGCAGUUACGUUUGACAAGCUUUUGGUUAACAUUGGGAAUGACUUCCGUCCGGACACAGGCAGGCUUGUGUGCAGGAUCCCUGGGGCUUAUUAUUUUGCCUUCACAGUUGGAAAGUAUCCAAAGAAGAUGCUGUCAGUCAUGCUGAUGAAGAACAGGAACGAGGUCCAGGCGACAGCCUUCGAUGAACAUCGGCAAAAAAGUCGCAAGGUGCAGAGCCAGAGCUUGAUGCUGAGGUUAGGUGUAGGCGAUAGUGUCUGGCUAUUUCUCUACGGCAGCUCAAAGUACGCUCUGUACAGUAACAUAGGGCCAUACACAACCUUCACUGGCUACCUGGUCUAUCCAGAUUUGCCACCAAACCAAUCCUCUUUCAACUGCUUAAUGGCUCCUCAGCCAAAGGACAGCCUUCGUUCUGCAUUUUCUGUAGCCAGGACAAGGUCGCUGCUCGGGGAGAACACAGAGAAUGUGCUGCAUGAAGCGGUGACAUUUGACACCGAAUACAUCAACAUUGGCAAACAUUUUAACAAUCUGAGUGGCUUCUUCACAUGCCAGAUCCCAGGUGCCUACUAUUUCUCUUUCAAUGUUGGAAAGCACCCUUUUAAGGCCAUUUCGGUCAGGUUGAUGAAAAAUCUCAGUGAGGUGCAGGCCAUUAUUUUUGAUGAAGAUGACUCUCAGCGCAGGGAGAUGCAAAGUCAGAGUAUAAUGCUGCACCUGGGGGCCGGGGACAGAGUAUGGCUGCACAGCCAGCAGCACCAGCGCUUUGGUUUGUACAGUAACCAAGGCAAGUACAUCACCUUCACCGGAUUUCUUGUUUACCCAGACACGAACAUCCUAAAGAGCCACUGCCCACCAGCAGCAGGAUAA